AUGGCCAUCGCAACAGUAUUAUCGGCCCUCCAGGGUAGAGUGAUUCACUCUCCCUGGCAGUCAUUGGGCGUCACCAUUCUCAUCCUACCCGUCCUAUAUAUUGUGCUCAACGAAUUCAUUCGCUAUUCAGCCCGCGUCAAAGGGAUGCAGGGCCCUACCGGCCUACCGUUGAUUGGGAACCUGGCUCAGAUUCGAACGAACGCGGCUGAGCAGUAUCGCUUAUGGGCAAAGAAGUUCGGAUCCGUGUACCAGAUUCAGCUCGGGAAUAUUCCCGUCGUCGUGGUUAACUCUGCAGCUGCGGCAAAGGUCCUUUUCGGCCAGAAUGCCCAGGCUUUGAGCUCGCGCCCGGAGUUCUAUACGUUUCACAAGAUCGUCUCUAACACAUCGGGCACGACUAUUGGAACUUCACCCUACAGCGACUCACUGAAGCGCCGCAGAAAGGGGGCUGCCUCGGCCCUCAAUCGGCCGGCGGUCGACACGUACGUCCCUCACUUAGAUGUGGAGUCCAAGGCCUUCGUGGACGAGCUGAAUCGAUAUGGUCAUGGCGGCAAGACCCCCAUUGAUCCAAUGCCCAUGAUCCAGCGCCUAAGUCUGAGUCUGGCUUUGACUCUGAACUGGGGCGUUCGGAUCGCCUCGCAGGAAGAAGACUUGUUCGAUGAGAUUACCCAGGUCGAGGAGGAGAUUAGCAAGUUCCGCAGUACCACGGGUAAUUUGCAAGAUUACAUUCCUCUCUUGCGGUUGAACCCGUUCAGCAGCAAUACACAGAAGGCGGCAGAGAUGCGCAUGCGACGAGACAAGUAUUUAGGAUCUCUCAAUCGAGACUUGGACGACCGAAUGGAAAAGGGUAUUCACAAGCCAUGCAUUCAGGCCAACGUGAUCUUGGACAAGGAAGCCAAAUUGAAUAGCGAGGAACUCAUUUCGAUCAGCCUGACAAUGCUCUCCGGUGGCCUUGAUACGGUCACUACGCUUGUUGCGUGGAGUAUCGGUCUCCUCUCGGCACGACCUGAUGUGCAGGACAAGGCUGCCGAGGCGAUUCAGGAGAUGUACGGCACCGACGAGCCUAUGUGCUCUGCAACCGACGAUCAGAAAUGCGCAUACGUUACAGCGCUGGUGAGAGAAUGCCUUCGGUACUUCACGGUUCUUCGACUCGCCCUCCCGCGAACCUCAAUCCGGGACAUUACGUACCAGGGUACCGUGAUUCCCAAAGGUACCGUCUUCUUCUUGAAUGCCUGGGCAUGCAAUAUGGACCCAGACGUGUGGACCGACCCGGACGUGUUUCGGCCGGAGCGAUGGUUGGAGCAACCGGACGCACCCCUGUUCACUUACGGCAUGGGCUACCGCAUGUGCGCCGGGUCGCUGCUGGCCAAUCGUGAGCUUUAUCUGGUCUUCAUGCGGACACUCAACAGUUUUCGCAUCGAACCCUACGAUGACACGGACUGGCACCCCGUUCGUGGCAACUCCGAUCCGACCAGUCUGGUGGCCAUUCCCCAAAAGUACAAGGUGCGGUUCGUGCCCCGGAAUGCGGAUGCAUUAAAUCAAAGUUUGGCGACAUCCUGA